AUGGGAGAGGUAUCCCUUGAGGAGACCAAAGCCCCCUGGAGUGAGGUGGUCAAGCUCAAGCGAGACAAGCAGGCGAGAGAUAUUGAACAAGGCCAAGCGAUCGUCAGUGGACUUCAAAAUCACCAUGUCGAGUCAAUUACGAGCAUCGAUAACGUGCAAACAUUGGCCUCCAAGAUUGCUAUAGGAGAGCUCAAGGCACAGGAUGUUGUUACGGCAUAUAUUCGAAAAGCAAUAACGGCCCAUACCAAGACCAACUGCCUCACCGAAGUCUUCUUCUCUCAGGCUAUAGAGCAGGCCAUAGCACUGGACAAUCACCUGCAAAAGACUGCCAGUACCGUAGGACCACUACACGGGAUACCCAUCACGCUGAAGGACCAGUUCGACGUGCGAGGCCAUGAUACCACACUUGGCUAUGUCGGCAGAUCGUUUCGUCCUGCCAUAGAAGAUGCUUUGCUGGUGCAGAUUUUGAAGCGAGCGGGAGCUAUAGUCAUCGCGAAGACAAAUCUGCCACAGAGUAUCAUGUGGUGCGAGACCGACAAUCCUCUAUUUGGCCUCACGACGAAUCCAAUAGAUUCCCAACUCACACCCGGCGGUUCCACAGGAGGCGAAGGCGCCCUGCUUCACGAACAUGGCAGUCUGAUCGGCUGGGGAACCGACAUAGGCGGUAGUGUGCGCAUCCCCUCUCACAUGAUGGGCUUGUAUGCUCUCAAGCCCAGUAGUGGUCGGUUGCCAUAUCUCGGAUGUCAAGUGAGCACGGCCGGACAGGAACACGUCCCGUCAGUCAUUGGACCCAUGGCUCGGAGUCUCGAGUCGAUCGAAAGCGUGACGAAGAUUGUCAUCGAAGCGGAGCCCUGGAACGAAGAUCCCACCUGUCACCGUCUUCCAUGGCAGGGACAUGUCUAUGCUGAGAUCCAGUCUCGUCCACUCGUCAUUGGACUGUUAGUCGACGACGACCAUGUGCGGCCACACCCAUCAAUCUCCCGCGUCAUUCGAGAAACUGCUUCACGUCUGCAGGCCGCAGGUCACACGAUUGUGCCAUGGACAUCGACACUCCACACGGAAUGUAUUCAGAUCAUGGAUGCCUACUACACAGCCGACGGCGGCGAAGAUAUCAGAAGAUCAGUUGCAGAAGGCGGUGAGCCCAUGAUUCCUCACGUGGAAGGUCUGGUCAAUCGAGGGAAGCCUAUAUCCGUCUACGAGUACUGGCAACUCCAUCAACGAAAACGCGCAGCUCAAGCUGCAUAUCUCCAGAAAUGGAACAGCAUUCUGGAUCCUUCCACGAAGAGAAGAGUUGACGUUUUGCUGACGCCCGUGAUGCCGCAUCCUGCAGUCAAGCAUGGAGGGUGCAAAUGGGUGGGUUAUACAAAGGUGUGGAAUCUGCUGGACUAUACCGCCGUUGUUCUGCCAGGAGGAAAGGUGGACAAGCGUAUUGAUCGGGUGGAGGAGGAGGAGGGGGGAUAUGAGCCGAGAAACGAGACUGACAAGUGGAAUUGGGAACGGUAUGAUCCUGUCGCAAUGGACGGCCUGCCGAUUGGGAUACAACUUGUUGGACAAAGAUUGGAGGAAGAGAAGGUUUUGGGAGCGGCGAGAGUUGUGGACAGUGCGCUGGGGCGUGGGAGGUGA